AUUGCUUAACGCUUUCUAAGUAAUUUCAAAAAUUGACACCGUGAUAUGUUUGCUACCGUUCCAUGCUCCUCGGACUUGUUCAGAUUGUGUCCCCAGUGAAUCCUGAAACCAGUUGGUAUGGUCAGUCUGUGCCCGGGUAGUGGACUGCUAUUACGCGUUGCGUAGCUACGUCCCAUUUUCACCUCGUUUUUUACGAUCGUUGCUGGCAAGCAACUCGAACCGACAAUGUGUAAACCGAAAGCUUACAGUACUUUUGAAAAAGCUGUUCACUUCGGGGGUUCUGGACUUUAAAUAGUUACCUGCGAACGUAUCCUAGAAAAAUUAUACAGCGAAACCGACCGAGAGGUUGCAGGCAAGCCGAGCCAAACCGAGCGGUCUGACCAUCCUGUCUCCAACGGCUCUUAACCUCAAGUCGGUCGUAAAGAUACUGUUAGAUUCGGCCAACUAUGCAGAAUAUCAUGCGACAGACCACGCUUGUACAAGCUCAGAACUAGCGCUCGUAGUGGUUGCAUACUCGAAGCAAGCUUGGAAAGGGGAGCGGGACAAAGGAGCCGUCCGGUAGCUCCGUACAGGGAGCAGCCAGGCGUCCCACUGCAGGGAGCGGCAACGGGACUUUGGAAAGGGUUUUAGGGUUGGGGUUUGGCGCUUGGAGAAAGGUGAGAGGGGCCACGGUAACGACCUCGAGUUGAGUCGUUUCGACGGUAUUGUGAAUUUUGUGAUUUUUUUCAGGUUGGGUCUGGACUUUGCAGCCAUGUCGGAGGACAAGAAAAAAAUGUUGCAGGCCAUGGCGGCGAAGCGGAAAGCCGAUAACGAGGCGGGAGGGAGGAAAAAACCGAAGGAAGUAGCCGUAGAGAGGGCGGUUCCAGGGAGGAAAGAUGUGAAGGGAUUGGGAGGAGGCAAGGUGCAGAAAAGCUCGCAGCCCAUCAGUAUGGGGAAGGUGAAGGCGAAGCCGACUGCGAAGAAGAAAGUGGAGACGAAGUGGGACAGCGCUUCCGACACGUCCGAGGAAGAGGAUGUUUCUGGGGAGUCCGAGGAGGACGAGGACGACGCUGGGGAUGAGGACUCAGAGGAUUCUGGUGCGCCGAAAAAGUCCGCCAAGAGGCCUGCUGCAAAGCCAGCAAUCAAAUCCUCUUCUGCGAAAAAAGGGAAAGCUGUGGUGCCAACCCAUUCGAAAGACUCGAAAGGGAAGGGGAAGAUGAAGGGGAAGAAGAAAGCGGAUAGCGACGACAGCGAUGCGGAGAACGGUGCCGAGGAUGAUGACAGUGACUUGUCGGAGGACCCCCUAGACGAAGUGAAUCCAGACAAUAUUUUGCCUUCACGGACUCGGAGACGUACUGCGCAACCUGUUAGCUACGACUUUGGCAGCGGGGAUUUGGACGAGGACGACGACAGUGAUGAUGAGUGAGGUGCUUUCAGUUGCUGCAUUGAGCAUCAAGAUAUUCUUUGAUGUCACCUUGCCCAGGAGAAUUUUGGAGAAAAUUUCGGAGAGCCUGCUCAGGAGAAGAUGUGCACUUGAACAUGCUUCCGAAGCGUCACCACUGUUUCUCUGCCCCAUCAAAAGUUGACUAUUCAACUGCCUUCUAGACUUCAGAUGACGGAUAGAGGCUUUUGGCUGUCUGUAGAUAAGGUCCCUUUGUGGAUCUCUUCGAAGGUGUACCUGACUGAUUAAGUUCCUUCUACAGAUUGAUACAACCGUCUCUUAGUGUGGCAGCAGAACAGCAGGAAUCUCUUCUCGGACUGUAACUCGAGGGUAUUGCUUUGAGACGGACGAAAUGUACUAUUGUGCUAUUAUUUUGCAUAUAUGGCACAGUAUUGCAUAUACCAUAUUUUGGUCUUGAUUGUCUUAAGGCUA